AUGCUCUUCAAACCCCUCCUCCUAUCAACGGGCCUCGCCCUCGCCCUCGCCGACUCCUCCUCCCCCUACCUCGGCUCCCAAUCCUCCUCCUCCUCCGCGUCCAACCCCUUUCUCCUCCCCGGCGGCCUCGGCUCCUCCGCCAUCUCCCUCGGCGCCGUCUCCUCCACCUGCGACAUCGGCUACAAACCCUGCGACGGCAAAUGCAUCCCCACCCUCGGCACCUGCUGCAACACCGGCAGCGGCGGCUACUGCGAGGCCACCAAGGUCUGCGUCUCCGGCGGCUGCUGCCCCAUCGGCAAGACCUGCUCCGGCGCCCCGUCCGGGUGUUCCUCCGGCAAGGUCCUCUGCAACGGCUUUUGUAUCCCUUCGGGCACGGUGUGUUGCUCUGAUGGCGGGUACUGCGACGCCGGGGAGACGUGUACCGCUGACGGGUUCUGCUCGAAAGGUAGCGGCGGCGGUGGCGGUGGGGGCGGGGGGCAGUGUGCAAGCGGGCAGACGGCGUGCGGGAGCGGGUGCAUGCCGACGGGACAGGUGUGUUGCAGCACCUACUUCUGCGAUGCCGGGGAGACUUGCGCGGGUGAUAAGAAGUGCAACAAAGGAUCUGGCGGUGGGGGAGGUGGUGGAGGAGGUGGGAGCCAGUGUGCGGCGGGACAGACGGCGUGCGGGACGGGAUGUAUGCCCUCCGGCCAGACUUGCUGCAAUACGUACUACUGCUUCUCGGGCCAGACUUGCGCGGGUAACAAGAAGUGCAACGGUCCGGGUGGAGGUGGAGGCGGCGGCGGCGGUGGAGGGGAUGAUAGUACUACUUCGACGAGGUUGAUUGCGACGACACGGCUUCGCUCUGCUACGACUACAUUUGACGAUUCCCCGAGCACCACAGUGUUGGGCGGUGGCGACGAUGAUACGAGCACCACGUCUACGCGAGCUAUUGCCAGCGGCACCAGCACCAGCACCAGGGCGACACUUACGAAUGCUGUGCCGACGGCAGCGACGACUGGGGGUGGCAGUACAGCCGGUGCGGGUGCAAUGGGUGUCGAUGGUGCGAUCUUGGUUGCUGGACUAUUGGUUGCUGUGCCAUUGGUCAUCUGA